UCUCCGGCAGUGAACUUUGCACAAGUUCACCCGCGAGCCGCAUCUGUCAGACUCAGCUUGGAUCUGAGGACGGCACGCCUCAACAAUGGCUAGAGGGUUAAAGAAACACUUAAAGAGGCUCAAUGCCCCAAAGCAUUGGAUGCUUGACAAGCUGGGUGGUGCCUUUGCACCCAAGCCGUCGUCUGGACCUCACAAGUCAAGGGAGUGCUUGCCUCUUAUCCUUAUCCUGCGAAAUAGGUUGAAGUAUGCUCUAACCUAUAGAGAAGUUAUUGCCAUUUUGAUGCAGCGCCAUGUUCUGGUUGAUGGCAAGGUUAGGACAGACAAGACAUAUCCUGCUGGUUUCAUGGAUGUUGUGUCCAUUCCCAAGACCAAUGAAAAUUUCCGCCUGCUAUAUGACACCAAAGGUCGUUUCCGUCUCCAGUCUAUUAGGGACGAAGAAGCAAAGUUCAAGCUUUGCAAGGUACGAUCAGUUCAAUUUGGGCAGAAGGGCAUACCCUAUCUUAACACCUAUGAUGGGCGCACCAUCCGCUAUCCUGAUCCCGUAAUCAGGGCUAAUGACACCAUCAAACUGGACUUGGAAACUAACAAGAUCACUGAUUUCAUCAAGUUUGAUGUGGGUAACGUGGUCAUGGUGACUGGAGGAAGGAACAGGGGUCGUGUUGGUGUUAUCAAGAACAGGGAGAAACACAAGGGCAGUUUUGAGACCAUCCACGUCCAGGAUGCAACUGGUCAUGAAUUUGCUACACGUAUGGGGAACGUCUUCACAAUUGGCAAAGGUACAAAACCUUGGGUUUCCCUUCCUAAAGGCCGUGGUAUCAAGUUAUCUAUCAUUGAGGAGGCUAGAAAGAGGCUGGCUGCUCAACACGAGGCAACUGCAUAAAUUUGACUACAUGAUCUUGUUGGACAAUUUAGCUGUUGGAUUGUCUUUAAAGACAGCUCUGGUGCUUUUAAGAAUAGUUUAUUUCAUAAGCCAACAAAACAAUUUUGAAUUGGCGUUUAUGUGAUCUUCUGAGUGACGCAUUCUAUAUUUUAGGCCGUUUCUAUAUUGCGUUACAAGGCUUUGGCUGUACGGGUGGUUUUUGUGAACCUUUUUUCCUUUUCAUGGUACGUUUUUUCAUAAUGAUUUAUUUGAUGGAUUUGCUGAUUGUAGAAUAAAUGAGCUAUUGAA